GGAAUUGAUUAUAUUGUCCGUGCAUCGCAAUCUAGUUGACCUUACAAGAAGGGGAUAUUUUCAUCUUCGCCGUGUAGUCUAGGUCUGUAGUUAGCCUAUCUGUUUGCUCUCCGGGAUCAGCUAUACUCAGAACCGGGAUUUAGAUUCGUUUUUUUUUAUUGGUUGAAGAUCUCCGGAGCAUGCCUUCUCGCCGACGCUUCGCCGUUGUUUCUUCCUAUGUACGUUUGGCUUGACCAUUACAGAACCCUUACCUCCAAGCUUUGUCGACCAUGUCAAGGUUGCUCUCACAACUCUCUCUCUCUCUCUCUGUGUGUGUGUGUGUGUGUGUGUGUGUAUUCUAUAUAAUUGUUUUUAAAAUUCAGUGGGUUGUGUUGCUUCCAACUAUUUUAUUCUAGUAAAGAUAAGCUCGCAUGUUGUAUAUAUGGUAUCUGUUUUGCUUUGCUAUUCGGUUGCUGUUUUUUGAAAUGAUUUCUUGUACUCUAGCUGAAUUUAGAUUUGUUUAAAUGUGUCAUUUUCUCUCCUACCUGCCGUUCUCAUAUUGAACUUGACAACUUGCUAGAUUGUCGAAUAAUGUCUAGAUAAUGAUCACGUGAAUUUAGGAGUUUUUUUUAGCUUUGAAUAAUGGUGUGAAGUGGAGACCAUAUGUCAAAUAAAUAAAACAAUAAAAUUGAACCCCCAAACAAGAGAUGUCCCUCCCCUCCCCUCCCCUCCAGCUAGAAUGUUGGAGUUGGAGUAAAUUUGUGAAACAUCACUCACUAAGUCCUUAUAGUGUCUUAGAUAUACACUUCAUAUGUUUUUAAUUGGAUUGGUUUCGGUCCGAGACACGACUUAAGCAGACCACUAUAUACCAUACUAGACUUCGAAAGUUGUAAAAUACACAUAGAACAAACAUCCACCACACCAGUUGAGACCAGACCAGACUUAAAUAGACCAGGUUGCUACAGAGAGGUUGUGGAGGGCCAUUGGGCUACUAGCCCCUUGGCUAAUGUGAUAUUCAAAUAUAGAGGUCUCAGGUCUGGAGCAUGUGGUAGAACUACCACCAUCUGGCAUUUGAAAAGGGAACUAUAUUAGUAAGUUCAUCCCUUAGCUCUUUGGGCUGGGAAAAAUUCCAACAUGUUUGGAUUUUGUUUUUUGAAACCACCAAAUAUUGUACAACUCUCGGAACAUUUGACAGAUACUUUAGCAAUGAGCAUGGAUGGGUUUUUAAGGCAGACUCUACCACUAUAUUAAUUAUUGGCAAUUGGUAAUAAUAUAAUAAGAGUUGCAAAGGUGCUACAGAAAAGUCGGUCUAGCCUCAAUCAAGGAGAAAGGGAAUAUGGAAUCCUUGUUAUGGAUGGGAUACAUUCUCCUCUCUAUAGAUUUUAUCAGCAAUGUACACAUUCAGCUAGAGGAUAUAACUCAUUCAUGGCAUACAACAUUAAAAAUGGUCUGUCCAACAAUCUCAAAAAAGUUGAGUCCAAAUCUGCAAAUAUUACUGGUGCACAUAAGGGGUGGACGUCUCUUCCCAUAAGUAAAAUUUCUCAAGCUGUUAGCUUGGCCUUAAACCGCUCGUAUGUGAUUGUUCCUGGACUUUUUUCCAUUUUAUAUGGAGGGCGAGUUGCAUUGGCACGAGCAACACCUGACAUGGAUUUUAUCCACCCUAGAAACACACUGUAUAUGCAUGCUCAAGAUGGCCAUGCUUUCUUCACAGGGUUGGUUCAUUCAAUAUUUGAAGGCUUUGUUUUAUUGUUUAGAGGGAUUUAUUUGACAAUACUCUUCACACCAAGCAUAACAAUGGCUCCUUUUGCCGAUGCUUUUGGACCCCGCUUCCGCAAAAUGUGGCUUGAGGUUGUUCAUCGAACACUUGAAAGAGCAGGGCCCGCUUUUAUAAAGUGGGGCCAGUGGGCAGCUACACGCCCAGAUCUGUUCUCUAGUGAUUUAUGUGCGCAGCUGUCAAAGCUUCAUACCAAGGCCCCCGAGCAUUCCUUUUCAUAUACGAAAAAAGCAAUUGAGAAAGCUUUCGGCCGUAAGAUUUCAGAAAUUUUUGAUGAUUUUGAGGAAACUCCUGUUGCAUCUGGGAGUAUAGCUCAGGUGCAUCGAGCUUCUCUGAAGUAUAGAUAUCAUGGUAGGGAGAUCAAACCCAUUGAUGUGGCCGUUAAGGUUAGACAUCCCGGAGUCGGCGAAUCUAUUAAAAGAGACUUUGAAAUCAUUAAUAUGUUUGCUAAAAUGUCAAAGGCCAUUCCUGCUCUGAAAUGGCUGAGGUUGGAUGAGAGUGUCCAGCAAUUUGCAGUUUUUAUGAUGUCCCAAGUAGACCUUGCAAGGGAAGCUUCUCAUUUAAGUCGUUUCAUUUAUAAUUUUCGGAGAUGGAAGGAUGUGUCUUUUCCUAAGCCUGUGUACCCACUCGUGCACCCUGCAGUAUUAGUAGAAACUUUUGAGCAAGGGGAAUGUGUGUCACACUAUGUUGAUGGGAUGCAGGGGAAUGAACGCCUUAAGAGUGCUCUUGCUCACAUUGGUACCCAUGCACUUCUCAAAAUGCUUCUGGUAGACAACUUUAUGCAUGCCGAUAUGCAUCCUGGGAAUAUUCUAGUUAGGGUACCUCAGAGCAAGUCAUCACGCAGACGUAUCUCCAAAACAAAGCCACAUGUCAUUUUCCUUGAUGUUGGGAUGACUGCUGAACUGUCAAAAAAUGACAGGGGAAAUUUACUUGAUUUUUUUAAGGCCGUCGCUUCCAGAGAUGGCCGCUCAGCAGCUGAAGCCACUUUGAGAUUAUCAAAGAACCAGAAUUGCCCCAAUCCAGAAGCCUUCAUUAAGGACCAUGUAUCUUUGCAAAUUUCCAAUCACAUGAUAUAAGGUGUGAUGAAGUGAAUUAUAAUAUCAAAUGAUGAUUAAUGACACUUAAACCCUUUUGGGGAGAGGAAGUGAAAGAGUCAUUUGAUUUUUGGGGGACUGCAGAAGGUGAUUUAGUCCACCCUGCCGACUGCAUGCAUCAUCUGCUUGAACAAGUUAGGCGUCACCAAGUAAACAUUGAUGGAAAUGUGUGUGCUGCGAUGGUGACGACUUUAGUCCUGGAGGGUUGGCAACGGAAACUUGACCCAGAUUAUGACAUUAUGAGAACACUGCAGACAUUGCUGCUCAAAGCUGACUGGGCGAAGUCAUUAGCAUACACAAUUGAAGGAAUAAUGGCUCCAUAAGUGUCUCUUCCUAACAACUGUAUGAGGAAAAGUUCGCCUAGCCUUUAACAUUUUGGUUCAUAAAAAGGAUGUCACCCUGGCAGCCCUGGCUGUCUUAUAUAUCUUUUGUGGCAAAAUUUUGUUAGGAAAAGUUUUACUUGUAUGUAGCAUUUUAGUCCACAGCUUGUCAGCCUGGUUGAGACUUGAGAGCGCUAUAAUCAGAAAUCCACGAAAGUGCAAUUUUUUUUUUAUUUUCUUAACUAUAGUUGACAUCUAAAGUAUCCUCACCAUCGGACCAUCCGUCAUCUGAUAAUUUUUUAUUUCUUUUAUUUUUUGUCUUUUGCACUUUUUUGAACUUUUAUUUUUUCGAUUAUAACCAUGUCUUUUUGUUUGCUAGGUAAAAGCUAUUUGUACAUUGUAAUGACGUUCUUUCGAUAGAUUUAUGUGUAAAUGAUAAAGGUGCUUUGGAAGUAUUAGUGGGAUAAAAGGGUUUAGAGAUGUAUUGUACACCUAUAUA